AGUUCACAAUGGGGUCGGUAACAGCGUCCGGGCAUUUGGAUGUUUUUGUCGUUUGCUUUCUUCUGCCCUCGUUUAACUCAGCAAACUGGAUCAUGGCAGAGACACCGGAGCUCCGGAUUUUGCCCACCACCGGGCUCGGGGUGAAGGAGCACUCACAGAUUGUUGCUCACCACAAUAGACUGCGCAGCCGGGUCAAACCCAUGGCAGCUAACAUGCAAAAAAUGGACUGGAAUGAGAAGUUGGCUACACUUGCAAAGGAGAGAGCCACAUUGUGUCACAAAGAGCCUUUCCUUCAACACUCCUCGUCUUUCAGCCAUAUUGGCUGGAACACACAUCUUUCUGUUGUUGGUGCUGCUUCAUUUUCUGACAUCAUUGACUUCUGGUUCGAGGAAGGAAAAGAUUUUCUCUACUCCAGCGGCCAAUGUAAGGAAAAUGCCACCUGUCAACACUAUACCCAGCUGGUCUGGGCUACUUCAAGCCAGGUGGGCUGUGCCAACCAACAGUGCUGGAGAAAUGGAGAACUUUGGGAGAUAUUUGUCUGUGCAUACUAUCCUGGGGGUAACUGGGAGGUAAAUGGUGAACUGGUGAUGCCGUAUAAAUCAGGGCUGUACUGCUCUCUCUGCACCUCCUCAAUGUCUGGCUGUUUGAGACUGUGGGACCAUGUAGGCGGACUAUGUGAGAUUCCAAAGAACCCAUGUCGUAUGAACUGUGGCGAACACGGCCAUCUUAAUAUCUCCUCUUGCAAAUGCAAGUGUGACCUCGGGUUCACUGGACGCUUCUGCCAGGUUCGGUGCAAUGUGCAAUGUGUGCACGGACAUUUCAAAGAAGAGGAAUGCUCUUGCUUGUGUGCUGUUGGCUAUGGUGGUGCUGAGUGUGCAGAGAAAGUGGAAUUCCCAUUUCAAAGCUGUGAUCUCAUCAUAGAUGGAAAUUGCUUCAUGGUGUCUUCUGAUGUUGAGACCUACUAUGGGGCUAAAAGUCACUGUCAGGAACAAGGAGGCAUUUUGGCUCAAAUCCACAAUCAGAAGGUUCAGGACAUUCUGGCUUUUUAUCUUAGUCAGCUGGAGACGAGCAACGAGCUCACCAGGAAUGACUUUGAAACUGAAAACUUCUGGAUAGGCCUGACAUAUAAACCUCCAAAAGACUCAUUUCGCUGGGACACAGGAGAGAUUCCCAAAUACUUCAGCUUUGCCUUUGGGCAGCCUGACAACCAAGGUUUUGGAAACUGUGUCGAGCUGCAGGCAUCGAGUGGUUUCAACUGGAAUGACCAGCGCUGUAAAACACUGAACAGAUACAUUUGCCAGCAUGAUGCAGAGCAUAUUGCUCAGUGGGAGGACAGCAGGUGACCUGGAUUUUUCAAAGGGGUGAAAUACUGCAGGUGUGAUUAUUUUAAGAUACAUGUAUGCUGGGACAAUAGCCAGCAG